GCGGCCCCGGGUGCCCCAGGGGCUGGAGCGAACCGGAGCUUCCCCGGGGCUCGGAGCCCGGCAGCGUCCUCCGGCCCGCCCGGCUGGCACCGCAUCGGCGGCAGCACCGGCACCGGCACCGGCGGCGGCAUCAGCUCUCUCACGGGCAUCAGCAUCAACACCGACACCGACAUCAGCAUCAGCACCGACACCGACAUCAACACCAGCAUCACUAUCAGCAUCAACCCCGGGACAGGCAUUAACACCAGCAGCAGAACCAACACCGGCAUCGGUAUCGGUACCGACGUUGGCACCGGCUCCGGCACAGCCCAGCCGGGGUCACUCGUCCCGCUCAGCACGGUGCCUGUGCCCAAGGACUCGGGGACCUUGGCUCGUCCUCUGCCGGAGAGCGAUUCCCAGGGCAACACUGGUUGGAGCCGGAGGGGAUCCAGCCCGGAGCCCCCAUCUCCCGUGGAGUCCCUUGCUGGCUGGGGGACACUGGGAGGCGGAACAGCCAGGCCAGGGAGUGGAGCAGGACCCUGGGCACGGGGGAGACGCCGCGCCAGGCCAGGCUGGAGGGCGCCCGGGUUAGAAUGACCGAGGUGGAACCUGUGCUGGACUUCGCAUCCUCCGGGCGAACGGGCCGGCGCAACGCCCUGCCCGACAUCCUGGGCUCGCCGGCCGGCGUCAGCCCCUCCGACCUGCCCCUCAAGCUGGCCGAGAUGUCCCUGACUGCAGGCAGCGCCCAGGAGAUGCAGUCGCCCUCGGCGGAGGCGCCCCCUCCGCAGCCCCCCAGCCCCGAGCUGAAGGACACGUCCUAACCCCACGCUGGGGGGGCCGUUGCUGAGCAGCAGAGGAUGGAGGAGGCCGUGGAGCACCAGCCCAGCUUUCCUGGCACGGCCGGAGUCCGCUGCAUUUUCCUCGGUGCUACUGCGGCGAGAGGGACCGUCGGGUCUCGUCUUGACCCUGCCAUUUGGGGAGCAUCGCGUGGCGGGGACCCCCGUGACGGAGUGGCGAUUCCCACCCGUGCCCUGGGCGAGGACCUGGCGGGGGGAGGAAUACUUUUCUUCUGGGACAUCUGGCAGAGCUGAGCACGGGGGGGUGUCCGGGCGGACUUUCUCCCUGUCGCAGGAGCAGCCCGCGGGUGUUUCUGGCUGAGUGUGGUGUUCACUGUGAUGUUUUGGGUACCACUUCCAUCUCCUGGCCUUUUGUCCUGGGUGAUGCUGGAGCCUUUUUCAAGAAGACGGGGGGAGGAAGCACUGAACACCAACAGGUCCCCAGCCCUCAGGCAAAGUCCCCAGCACCCCAGGGUGGCACUGGCCAUCCCCAGGCUCUUGGGCAAGGACGGUGGCUGCCAUGUGAAUGGGCACGUGUACACGCGUGUUCGUGUGUGGGGGUGCUUGUGUGCAUGGCGCCCAUGUGUGUGCUGGGUGUCUGUGAGCACGGGUGUCCCUGUGCGUGAGUGACCAUGUGCGUGGGUGCUCACCCAUGUCAGCGGGUGUCCGUGAGUGUGCUGGGGGUCUGUGAGCAGGAGUGUUCACAUGCGUGGGAGCUUCUGCAGGUGGGUGGGUGUCCCUGUACGUGGGUGUUCCCAUGGGUGGGUGUCCCUGUGUGCGGGCAGCUGUACACGUGAACAUCCACAUCUCCUGGUCCCGUUGUGUCAGGGGGAGGCUGGGAGUGUGCGUGGGGACCAGGGCUGUGCCGAUUUGGGACACUGACACCCAGGAGGGUGAGGGGACAGGUGACAGUCCCUGCCCUCUUCAUCACCUCCCAGGCUGGGGGGUGGGUGUGAGUGGGGGCUCUGGCUCCCCAGGGACUUGUCUGGGGAAUAAAUGGCCCGUCUGUCCCUGGGGAGCCGUGUCCUGCAGGUGUCCCAGCCGGAUGGGGGGACACCCAUCCUACGGGAUCGAGGGCUUGUCACCCACAGGGGACGCAAGGCAAAGGGGUCCCGCUCGGGGGCACUGCUGGGGGGAGGAGGCUCUCAGCUAUUUUUGGGUGUCUGUGAUGACAACUUGGGGCCAGAGAGAGGGAGAAACUGUCCCUCCCAGACCUGGCCACUUUGACCCCAAAGUCCCUAAGAUGGAGGCAUGUGCUGCAGCCACGGGGUUCAAGGACACCCGACCCCCCCAGCUGGGACCCUCCGCUGCCUGGGGACAGGGGCAGGAGGAGGCGCAUCCCCAGGGGGUGGGGGGGACAUGCUGUGGGUCCCAUGAUCCCAUGUCUGUCCCUGUCCCCAGUGUCCCCCUGACACACAGAGCAUCACCAUGGGCACAUGUGUGUGUGCCAGCACACACAGGGUAGGGACAGGGUCAUACGUGUGUCCCCACACACAGACACGGAGCAGUGACAGGGUUACGUGUCCCUACACACACAGAGCAGGGGUGGGGUCACACAUGUCCCCACACUCCCCUGGAUGCCUGACCCCCCCACUCUGGUUACUUGCUGCUCCUCAGUUUCCCCAGCUCAGCUUCCUUGUCCCGAGGACAAGUCACCCUGAAGGACACCGCCAUCGCUGGCGUCCCCAUGUCCUGGCCAUGCCC